AUGCAGAGGCGGAGUCAAUACACGGAAAAUCAGGCGCACAAGUUGUCUUCGCUCGUCUUUGCCCUGCCUAUCUCGCAAAAGUAUAAAUUCCCCUAUCCUUGGCGGAACGGUAACUCGGACUCCACACACGCGACGGGAACCCUUGACUUGAUCCAAUCACGGCUUCCAGUGUCGAGCCGACCAGCGGCAAAGAACUUUGUGGACUCAAUGGGGGUGUGGUUUGGGAACUUUGACUUCACAGAGCCGUCCCUCGGCAAGUCUUGGUUUGGCCAAAGUUACCUUACCUUGCCUACCUUAGCACAUUGCUUGGUUUCUCUUACCCCGACAAUGCCGGCAAUGAGUUGCAUUACGUUCGUUGGUGCCCGACCCGAGGUUCUGGUACAGGACGCUGCCGGGCCCCCUGCAGAUCCUCCAUCAUCCGGAAUCCUGUCAUCGGGAAUCAUGAUCGGAUCUCGGUUGUUUGCCAAUUCGGGUCACCCGCCCCGCGACGCCGCGCGCGGCGCGGAACUCCCCAUUCGGCUUUCGGCUUUGAUGGGAGAAUCCUGA